GGUGGGCGGGGCACGCAGUGCGCGCGCAGCCGCAGACGGCGGCCGGAUGGAGCCCGAACCCGAGCCGUGCACGGUGGAGGUUCCUGCGGGGCGGGUGCUCAGUGCCUCGGAGCUCCGCGCCGCCCGCUCGCGCUCGCAGAAGCUGCCCCAGCGCUCGCAUGGCCCCAAGGACUUCCUCCCCGACGGCUCAGAGGCCCAGGCCGAGCGGCUGCGCCUGUGCCGCCAGGAGCUCUGGCAGCUGCUGGCCGAGGAGCGCGUGGAGCGCCUGGGCAGCUUGGUGGCCGCGGAGUGGAGACCGGAAGAGGGCGUGGUGGAGUUGAAGUCUCCUGCGGGAAAGUUCUGGCAGACCAUGGGCUUCUCCGAACAAGGCAGGCAGCGGCUUCACCCCGAAGAGGCCUUGUAUCUGCUGGAGUGUGGCUCUAUUCAGCUCUUCUACCAAGACCUACCGCUGUCCAUCCAGGAGGCCUACCAGCUGCUGCUAACGGAGGACACCUUGACUUUUCUACAGUACCAGGUCUUCAGCCACCUGAAGAGACUGGGCUAUGUGGUUCGUCGAUUCCAACCAAAUUCUGUCCUGUCCCCUUACGAGAGGCAACUUAACUUGGAUGGCUACAUCCAGUGUCUGGAAGAUGGAAGUGGCAAGAGGAAGAGGAGUUCCAGCUGUCGGUCUGUUUAUAAGAAGGCCAAGGCCCUGGAGAACUGCCUGACAUCCUCCAGCCCACCUACCUGCAACCAGAACAGCCAGUACCCACAGGAGAAACCCCAGGAGUCAAGCCCCAGGAAGGGCCCAGGCCUCCCCUUGCAGCUUCUGGGGUCCUUAGACCCUUGCCUUGAUCUGGCCAGGGAGGAUAUGGGGUGUGGUCAGGAGAGUGACCAAGUAGAGAAUGGAGCCAAGGGGCCUUCAAAGCCACGGUGGAACUUUGAACAGAUCUCCUUCCCCAACAUGGCUUCAGAUGGCCGACACACACUCCUGCCUGCCCCAGCCCCAGAGCUGCUCCCAGCCAAUGUCAUUGGGCGAGGGACAGAUGCUGAGUCCUGGUGCCAGAAGCUGAACCAGCGGAAGGAGAAGCUCACCCGGCGGGACCGAGAACAAGCAGCAGAGGCCCAGCAAUUCCGGGAGGAUGUGAACGCAGAUCCUGAGGUGCAGGGCUGCUCCAGCUGGCGGGAGUAUAAAGAGCUACUGCAGAGACGACAGCUGCAAAGGAGCCAGCCCCGCCCCCCACAUCUUUGGGCCCAGCCUGUCACCCCUUUGCUGGACCCUGACAAAGCAGACUCCGCAGCCAUGGUCCUUCAGCAAAUCUCUGUGCUGCAGACAACACACCUUGCUGAUGGAGGCGCCCGGCUGCUGAACUCUGGAGGCUUGGAGAUCAGCUUUGAAGUUUAUCAAGCUGACGCUGUGGCCACAUUCCGAAAAAACAACCCUGGCAAACCCUAUGCCCGAAUGUGCAUUAGUGGAUUUGAUGAGCCCGUCCCGGACCUCUGCACCCUCAAGCGAUUGUCCUACCUGAGUGGGGAUGUUCCCCUAAUCUUUGCCCUAGUGGAUCAUGGUGACAUCUCUUUCUAUAGCUUCAGAGACUUCACAAUACCUGUGGAUCUGCAGCACUGACCAUAUAGCUCUGAGGGUGGGUGGGCCUUGCUCUGGGGAACUUGGGAGUGCUCUCAGGGACCAUGUCAGCUGUCUCCUGUAUGAAACUCACCUGGAGCUGAAGACCUUGGCCCUGGGUGCCUGCUACUUGGAGGAAGUGAAAUCCUGCUCCAUGCCCUCUUGCCUGGCUGGUGCACUUGCAAGCCUCAGGCCUGAGAGCACAGCCACCCCUUGGAACUCAAGACUUAAAUUUCAGAGGUCUGGAAGGUGGGGUAGAGGACUCUGUGCCUUUAAACAGGAGGGUGCCCGCUUCGUGCCAUAAACCAAAGCCAUUAAAAUAGAUGUCUUUUUUUUCU